CACACAUAGACACACACUGACACACACACACUGACACACACACACACUGACACACAUUGACACUGAGCCUUCCUUCUGUGCUGCUGCUGCUUCUGCUGCUGGGGAGCUGGGAUCUUAUCAUUCAUUCCCUCUUCCACAAACACUGCAGCUCAGCAAAGGACAGGCACCCUGUGUAAUUACACACACAGCCCAUAGCACCCUGCAAUGGCACCUUCUUCUACAUAAGGGGACCCUGCUUCACCUGCACAAGGAAAAGCGAGGAGGACUCUCGUCUGGUUUCCUUAUCACUUGCCGAAAGGGGCUCGAGGAGGAGCCUGUGUUGUUUCUGCCCGUUUUGUGGGGAUUGGACGUGCGACAAGCGAGCGCUGCCACAGCAAUUCAGGAGUGGGAAGCGGCGGUGGAGGGAACCCUAAAAAGUCAAUGACAGGAUCUAGGGGACACCAGGACAAUUCAGUUCUUUUUAUCUGUGGGGCUGCCGUUUUGGUGUCUUUGCUGGAGCUGAGCUGUGGGAUCUAGCGUUGGAUAUAUAUUCUUUUAUUUCUGCCUGUGUUGUCUGUGCGAUUGUGUCGCUUCUCCGACCCCAGGAUGUUUCUCAGGCUGCUCUCCUGCUGCUGCUGGAUCCUCUGCAGCCUCCGCUUCUCCUGGGCAUCAAGGAACGACAAAUGUGGAGAUACAAUAAAGAUCACAAAUCCCAGCUACCUUACAUCUACUGGGUACCCUCAUUCAUAUCAGCCAUCGCAGAGAUGUGAAUGGUUAAUUCAGGCCCCAGAACAAUAUCAGCGCAUCAUGAUCAACUUCAACCCUCACUUUGACUUGGAAGACAGGGAGUGCAAAUAUGACUAUGUAGAAGUGAUUGACGGGGACAAUGCCAAUGGUCAGUUAUUAGGAAAAUACUGCGGAAAGAUUGCUCCUUCCCCCCUAGUCUCCACUGGACCUUCUAUCUUCAUCCGCUUUGUCUCUGACUACGAAACCCACGGAGCUGGAUUUUCAAUCCGCUAUGAAGUUUUCAAAACAGGUCCGGAAUGUUCCAGAAAUUUUACAUCUUCCAGUGGAGUGAUAAAGUCUCCGAAAUAUCCGGAGAAAUACCCAAACGCUUUGGAAUGUACAUACAUCAUCUUUGCACCCAAGAUGCAAGAAAUUGUACUGGAAUUUGAAAGCUUUGAAUUAGAGGCCGAUUCCAAUGCACCAGGGGGACAGACGUGCAGAUAUGACUGGCUGGGAAUUUGGGAUGGAUUCCCAGGUGUUGGCCCUCACAUUGGCCGUUACUGUGGACAGAACACCCCGGGCCGCGUUCGAUCCUCCACUGGGAUCCUCUCGAUGAUCUUUCACACAGACAGUGCAAUAGCGAAGGAAGGAUUUUUCGCAAACUUCAGUGUUGUUCAGAGUAACAUCGAUGAAGGUUUUCAGUGCAAAGAACCCCUCGGCAUGGAAUCAGGGGAAAUUCAUUUCGACCAAAUCUCCGUUUCUUCCCAGUACAGCAUGAACUGGUCUGCAGAGAGGUCACGACUGAAUUACGUAGAGAAUGGAUGGACUCCAGGCGAGGAUACAGUCAAAGAAUGGAUACAGGUAGAUCUGGAAAACCUUCGCUUUGUGUCUGGAAUAGGGACCCAGGGAGCCAUCUCCAAAGAAACCAAGAAAAAGUACUUUGUAAAAACCUACAAGGUUGACAUUAGCUCCAACGGGGAAGACUGGAUUACCCUGAAAGAUGGAAACAAACAUCUGGUUUUUCCGGGGAACACCGACGCCACGUAUGUAGUCUACCGACCGUUCCCUAAGCCUGUUCUCACUCGCUUUAUUAGAAUCCGACCGGUUACAUGGGAAAAUGGAAUAUCACUGAGAUUUGAACUCUAUGGCUGCAAAAUUACAGAUUAUCCAUGUUCUAGAAUGCUGGGCAUGGUGUCCGGACUUAUAUCUGACUCUCAGAUAACAGCAUCUAGCCAGGUGGAUCGCAAUUGGGUUCCUGAACUUGCUCGUCUUGUAACAAGCCGCUCGGGCUGGGCAUUGCCACCUUCAAACACGCAUCCCUAUACCAAGGAAUGGCUUCAGAUUGACCUUGCAGAAGAGAAAAUUGUGCGCGGGGUCAUCAUCCAAGGAGGAAAGCAUAAGGAAAACAAAGUGUUUAUGAGAAAGUUCAAAAUUGGAUACAGUAAUAAUGGGACAGAGUGGGAAAUGGUCAUGGAUUCCAGCAGGAACAAGCCAAAGACCUUUGAGGGCAAUAUAAAUUAUGACACUCCUGAACUACGGACCUUUGCAGCCAUUACAACUCGCUUUAUUCGCAUAAUUCCUGAACGAGCAUCAGUAUCAGGACUGGGUCUGCGUCUGGAGCUGUUGGGCUGCGAAGUGGAAACACCUACAUCCAUACCUACUACCCCUGAGGUCAACGGAGGGGACGAAUGUGAGGAUGACCUGGCAAAUUGCCACAGUGGCACAGACGAGGGCUUUAAACUAACAGUUGGUGCCACUGCGCAGAGUACAGAGACACCAACAGUGGAAGCCAGCCCUGAGGAACCAGACAUGACACACAGUGACGUAGACUGCAAGUUUGGCUGGGGAUCACAGAAGACCCUCUGUAACUGGGAACACGACAGCUCAGGCCUAAAGUGGGCGGUGCUCAACAGCAAAACAGGACCGGUGCAGGAUCAUACAGGAGACGGCAAUUUCAUUUACUCUGAAGCGGAUGAAAAACACGAAGGCAGAGCUGCCCGACUGAUGAGCCCGGUGGUCUCCUCGGCUCGAUCUGCUCAUUGCAUGACUUUCUGGUACCACAUGGAAGGAUCCCACGUUGGGACCUUGAGUAUCAAGCUCAAGUACGAGAUGGAAGAAGACUUUGACCAGACGUUGUGGACGGUCAGCGGAAACCAAGGGGAUCAGUGGAAAGAAGCUCGCGUUCUUCUGCACAAAACCAUGAAACAGUAUCGGGUUAUAGUGGAGGGAACUGUCGGCAAAGGUAGCGCUGGUGGGAUUGCGGUGGAUGACAUCAUUAUUGCCAACAAUAUUUCCCCUUCACAUUGCAGAGCUCCAGAAAUAGAUGAUUCUGCCAAUAAAAUUGGAGAAGAGGAUUCUGAAAUUGAUAAAACAGGAUCCACACCCAAUUACGCUCUAAAUGAGUUCAAUGAGAGCAUCUCUAAGAAGCCAGGCAAUGUGCUGAAGACAUUAGACCCAAUUCUCAUCACCAUAAUAGCAAUGAGCGCUUUGGGAGUACUUUUAGGAGCAAUCUGCGGCGUAGUCCUUUAUUGUGCCUGUUGGCACAACGGGAUGUCGGACAGAAACUUAUCUGCGUUAGAAAAUUACAAUUUUGAACUUGUGGAUGGCGUCAAGUUAAAAAAGGACAAGUUAAACACACAGAACUCAUAUUCAGAAGCAUGAAGCUAUAGGAGUAGUAUGGUUUUUUCGCCGACACAUUAGAAAAGACUUCAGUCCAUUGGUAUUGAGAGCCAAUGAUCUCUUACUGUUCAGGCUAUAAAGUGCGUUGGAGGGACGUGAAGCCAAGCUUUUCUCAGGAGCUUCAGUGAAUAUACCUGCUAACUACGGACGUAUAUACAAUCUGAAUCAUUGUACAGUUGGCAUUUCUGUUUUCGUUUUUGUUCUGAAUAAUCCAAUGCUGGUGUUGAGACCAAUUAUGAUCGAUUUUAUGGUUUGUAAUCUAUGUUCUGUUCUGUUCCCCCCUUCCCCCGCUAUGGAUCACUGAAUAACUUGGGUGGGGUUCUUUGGACAGAUUUACGAUCUUGUGUAUAUCUGCACCCACAAUACCAUUGGACAUGCAGCACGGAGGUUUCUCCAUGUCUUGUGCAUAUCUGUUUGUGCUGUGUAUAAAGCAACAAUGGGUCAGGGAAACCCAACGACCACUAUAAUAACUCAGACUUUUUUUCCCUUAUUUGAAUUUUCAAGCAAAGCUCUACUUUAUUGUUGCUUAAGGUGUUGUUCCGCAAGCAAAUUGCUUAAACCGUCUAUACGACCCAUGCACCGCCAUCCCAUACAAGUGGCAAUAGAGGGGCCCUGGCUGCCCUUACGGAAAUGUUACUGGCACUGGUUAGUGGAUGUCCUCUCAAGUGCCUUUUUUCUGUUCCUAUUGGGUUUUGACUGUGUGUGUUUUUCACCGAUUCCAACAAGGUUUUUUUCUUACAAAGCCCAAAUCUGGAACUGUAUUACAGUGGCUGGAAAAGAAAAUGUACUUUUUUUUUCUUUUUUUUUUUUUCGGAGGGGAUGGGCUUGGCCUCUAAGAAGACAUGGCCUAAACCAGUUCUGCCAACGUGGCUGAUGAGUUUAAUUCUGAGCAUAUUUUUUUGUCUGUUGGUGAGUUUUAUUGUAAAAAGCUGCAAUAUCCUAUUUUUAUUUUUUUGGUUUGUUCUUCUCCGUAGAAUGUAUUUAACAAUCAAUACUCGCUCAGAGUAGAGUAGAGUAAAAAGCAUUUGCCAUGGUGAAGUAGGCCGAAUGCCGCUUUCUUGCUGGGAAAAGACAAAGGAAGAAAAAGGCCUGAAGAAGGGAAAAUUCUAGCACUUUCCCUACAAAGUUUAACUUUGGUUUCUAUUAGGACGUUGGAAGACGCAGUAUCAUUUUUCCUAUUUAUCAAAAUGUAAAAAAAAAUUUAAAAAAAUCGGGGCUUGGAACAAGAAUCCAAUUCAUGCGUUUAAACAAUGAAAUAAAAAGCCCAUAGGCAUGAAAUGUCAUGCUGCCUUGCAACUAUUAUCCCCUUUAGUAAUUUGAAGACACUUCAACCUUUGAUGUUGGGUUUUGCCAACCACAUCCGCAAUUUAGUUUAAUUUAUUAUGGUCAGUCGAGAAGAGUAUGUACAACAGAGAUGUGCGUGGGAUACAGAGCAGCUACCGGGAACAGUUCCUUCCAACAUUCCCCUGUAAAUUGGGCUGCAGAAAUUUCAUCACAGCCUAUGCAAUGUUAAACUUAUAAAGCAUUCUUAUUCCAUUACAUAUUUCUUAGUUUGAACAUUAUGCAGAAUGCUGGGAGGGCUGCAGGCUGCCCAGGUAUGCAGUAGACCAUUAAACCAUAGUAUAUGCCCAACAGUGGUCCUCGUCUUUAUAAUAAGAUGACCAGAGCCUUUGGUGUUCUACAAAAGCCACUUAGCAAGGCUGAACUGAUUUAAUUUAAUUUAAAUGCAAUCAGUUUCCAAUCAGUGCAGCCCAGCUAACUGCAUUUUAUAGAAGCAUCCCUAACCCCACUGGUGAUCUGGUCACCAUAUUCUAUAGCUGUCUCUCCUAGAUAGUAGGAAACGUUAAAGGAUGCCCAACCCAACAAGAGGGUACAUAUUUGAGCUUAUUGGUUGUAUGGAGUUGGGGAUUUCAUCCUAUCACCUGGCCGUCCUUUUGGGUAGAGAAAAUAUGUGGCCCCAUAAGCAAAUGGAAGGAUUCCCCAUAGACAAAAAAUUGCAAGAAGCUCUGUUCUUCUGCGUAGAGAAUAUAUGUGGCUCCAUUAGAGAGAAGCUUGCACCAAAUAGAAGGUGUUCUUGUAGUUGUUGUCUUUGGAGAAUGUACAAGUGUAGUACCUCAACCAUAGUAAGCAAUAUGGCUGCUGCUACAACUGCCUUUGCUCUUAAGAAUUAUCCUUUGGACACUUUGCUGUUCUCUUAUACAAUGAUAUCUAUUAAUGAGAGACAUUUAGUUGGAGAGAAGCAAGAAUGAUCAAGGGAUAAAGAAGAAAUGGUGCUAUUUUCUGAUCAAUGUCAUAUGAUCAUUUGAACGCAAAUAUUACAAAUACUGUGAGCAGGCCUCUGCCUAUUUUUAGCUGGGGUAAGUUUACGCCCUUAAAUAAAACUACCCUUAUUUAAUUCAUAUCUUCUUAAAUGGUGAUUAAGAUAAGGGCACAUACAGUACAUUCCAUCUAUGGUUCAUAUAACUAGGCUACUGCUGGAUACAACAUUUUCUAGUAUUUUCAACAAGAAUCCAUCAAAAAGUCCUGAAUUGCCGAGAAAGUUGGGGUGUUGUCUUGUUUGUAGUUCUAUUUAAUGUAACAUAUCACCCAGGAAGAUUAGUAGCUGCUAUUUGUAGCUGCCUAGAAACUCAAGCAAGUCAUUCGAUUUUAUCACACUGUGACUUCAGCCAUGUCGAAUUUGCACGAAUGAGAGUAAAACACAGGAAAAACGAUACUGCGUCUUCUAAAAACCCGAAAGAAAGGAAUCUUGCACUGAAAUCUAUAUUUAAAGUUAUAUGUUGAUAAAAGUUAUUAACCCCUUUGCUGCCAUAGGGUCCAGCCUUACAUACAUUGAGAUGCAUCGCUGAGCCCUUUGGCAGCAAAGAGGAUCUUUUGUAAAGGCAGUGUUAAACGGAAAACAAAAAUGGUUCAUUUAUAUUGUUUUAGAUUGUUUCAUAAUUUUUUAAAAAUGUAAAAAAUAAUGUUUUGGUUUUUUUUCCUUUUUCAAAAACCUAUUAAAAAAAAUCUUUUCCUUGUAGUAAAAUGAUUUCAUUUUACUUGUAUGUUAUUAUUGCUUCAUGUUUUGUACCAUCAUGAGAAUUUGUGCAAAUUUUUUUACAGAAAUUUUUAUUUUCUAUUGACAAUAUGACACUUGUAAAUUUGUUGUUUUGGAAUGAACAGCGAAGCCUUAACUUUGAAAGACAUUUGUAUUCUCGGACAUAGAAUUGCAUAAGAUCACACACGUUAAUACCGAAUUGUAACUCAAACCCCAAUCUAUGACUACUACAUUCCAAAGAUACAGUUGAAAUAAACAUUUUCAUAAGAUAUUGUAUACAA